GAGAGGUGUCGCCCCGCCCUUCCCCACGACUUGGAGGCCGGAGCCAGUGGAUGAGUGAAGCGGUUGGACUUCUUAGGACGAGACAAGAUGGUGGACUCCCAGUACGUUUUACCCAAUGACAUUGGCAUCUCGCUGCUGGACUGCAAAGAGGCCUUCCAGCUCCUCUCGAAGGAGGAGAAGCUAUACGCCCAUUACAUCUCACGCGCCUCCUGGUACGGUGGCCUUGUGGUGCUGCUGCAGACUUCCCCGGAGUCUCCUGCCAUCUAUGUCCUGCUGCAGAAGCUGUUCAAAGCUCAGCCCCUCAAUGAGCUGCAGGAAACAGCUACGGCAGUGGGCCUGACCUCUGAGGAAUACCAGGCUUUCCUUGUUUAUGCGGCUGGAGUUUAUUCCAACAUGGGCAACUACAAGUCUUUCGGAGACACCAAGUUUGUGCCUAACUUACCACAGGAGAAGCUGAAGGACUUGGUGUGGCAGAGCAGAGCCUUCGAGAAGAACCCAGAAGAGAUGGAGAGGCUCUGGCAAGCGUGCGGCAACCUCAUGUUCUCGCUGGAAGACCGGCAGAAGCAGCUGGGCCUGGGAACCAAGGGCAUUACCACUUACUUCUCCGGAAAUUGUGAUCUGAAAGAUGCAGAGCUGGCACAGAAAUUCCUGGAUUUGAAGCGUAUCAGUGCUUACAAUACCCGCUUGUUUAAGACUGUCGGUGAAGAUGGAAAAUCCCUUUACGAAGUCAGGCUUGCCUCAAUCAUCAAGGAUGAUGCUCCAUCGCAGGGUGAAUCCGACAACAAGUGCGGCGUUUAUGAGUUUGAAGGCGUAACGUUCAGAGUGUCCCGAGGCGAUUACUCUCCACUGUUGAAGAAAGUGGUGGAAAAUCUGGAGAAGGCCAAGAGCUACGCUGCCACUCCCAACGUGGAGAAGAUGCUGGAGCACUACACCAGGAGUUUCAGCACUGGCUCCAUCGAGGCUCACAAGGAGGGCUCCAAACACUGGAUCCGCGAUGAGGGUCCCAUUGUCGAGAGUUACAUCGGCUUCAUUGAAAGUUACCGAGACCCGUAUGGAUCCAGAGGGGAGUUUGAAGGUUUCGUGGCUGUGGUCAACAAGGACAUGAGCGCCAAGUUCGCCCAGCUGGUGGUGUCGGCCGAGCGCCUCUUGCCUCAGCUGCCCUGGCCCAAGCAGUUCGAGAAGGAUCGCUUCCUGAAACCCGACUUCACCUCCCUCGACGUGCUGACGUUCGCGGGCAGCGGCAUUCCGGCUGGCAUCAACAUCCCAAACUAUGAUGAAAUCCGGCAGACAGUGGGGUUUAAAAACGUCUCGCUGGGUAACGUGUUGGCGGUGGCUUACUCUACCCAGAAGGAGAAGCUCACCUUCCUGGAAGAGGAGGACAAGGACCUGUACAUCAAGUGGAAAAGCCCUUCCUUUGAAGUCCAGGUCGGUCUCCACGAGCUGCUGGGUCAUGGCAGUGGGAAGCUCUUCGUUCAGGACGACAAGGGGAAGUUCAACUUUGACACUGCCUUGGUGAAUCCGGAGACUGGGGAGACGGUUAAAAGCUGGUACAAGCAUGGUGAGACCUGGGACAGCAAGUUCUCCACUAUCGCCUCCACGUACGAGGAAUGCCGAGCUGAGUGUGUCGGCUUGUACCUCUGCCUCAACCAGGAGAUACUGAAGAUCUUUGGCCAUGAGGGAAGCGAUGCUGAUGACGUUAUCUAUGUAAACUGGCUGACCAUGGUGCGGGCAGGAGUCUUGGGCCUAGAGUUCUACACCCCAGAGAACCAGCGGUGGAGGCAGGCCCACAUGCAGGCUCGCUUCGUCAUCCUCCGGGUGCUGCUGGAAGCUGGCCAGGGCUUCGUCACCCUGCGGCAGACCACCGGCGCUGACGGCAAGCCCGACGCCAUCAUCACCCUCGACCGGAGCAAGAUCGCCACUGUCGGCAAGGCGGCCAUCGAGGCUUUCCUGAGGAAGCUGCAGGUGUACAAGACCACAGCGGACGUGGAGGCGGGCAGGGCCCUGUACGCCAGGUACUCCCAGGUGACGGACUCCGAGCCCCAGAGGUUCCUCACCCUGCGGGAGACCGUGCUGCUGCGCAAGGAGGCUCGGAAGAUGUUCGUCCAGGCCAACACUCGGAUAGAAGGUGGGGACGUCCACUUUCAGAACUAUGAAGCCUCUGCUUUGGGCCUGAUCCAGUCCUUCGUCGAGCGUUUCGUGGAAGACGGCGAGGAGCUGGAGUCGUGUCUCCAGGAUCUGUCCCGCAGUGACUCCAAACACUGGAGCUUCUGAAAUCACCUGCCACCCCCGACUCCCCUCUGCCUCAUCCUGCCACAAUGAGUCUCCGAUGAAUGUAUUUUAAUUUUUUUGUCUCAGUUUAAGUCUUUUUAUAAGUUUGUUUUUGUAGGCCGAUUUAGAGCUUUGAAUUCCAAAGAUCACAAUCAACAGGUGGAUUCAAGGACCUUAUCGUUGUCUGAAUCGAGUGGGUGGCUUGGGGGGGUCUAUAACUGGAUUAGUGCAUUGCAGCCACGAGUGGUUGAGAGUCACAGGGGAAGUCCCUCCUGGGGUUAACUCAUUUAUAGCAAAGCCUCAACCCUUAACCCUUGGAGUUCGAGGGAUGCCCUUCCAGAACUGGAAGCACCCCUUCGCAAAAUAGUGGUGUGCAGUUCCGACCUGAUUUGAGUUGGGUUCAGAUCUUUAGUCCCACAGGACCACCUGAUAGCCCUCCAACACGCGCGUGACACCAGCUCGCCGUGGAGGGUAAGCGAAGUGCACUGUGGUUUUUGUUUUGAGGCCCAGGGUAGCCGGUCGACCCCCCACCCCCAACCUGAUUAUCGGAGGUCCCGGUCUGGGUCUGCACAGGUGCUGCUCUGCUCCAGAUGUUCCGAUUUUGGGUGAUGCAAUCUUGCUGAUGAGGUGAAAUUUGGGGCUUUCUGUUUUUUCCUCGUGCUACAGGGAAUAAAGUGUCCUUCUGACCAGUGA